AUGCUUGAUAGAUUUCAAAGCUUAAUACUAUUUGUACUUAGCCUUUUUGUGAGAAUUCCACUAUGGUUUUAUGGCAAGUAUGUUUUACCGAUUGUGUAUGUCUUACCGGUCUUUCAAUCGUAUAAAACCGAUAAUUUCGUGUAUGCCAGCAAGCUUGUCGAAGAAGUGGUGAAUGCGAGUGAUAUUAUCGAUAUUUGCCGAGCGCAUGGAUUUGAAGCACACGAGCACAUUGUAAAAACUCAAGAUGGGUAUUUGUUGACAGUGCAUCGCAUAGUUAGCCGACGCACCGCUAUACGGGAGCUUACCCUUAAGAAAAAACCAGUUGUGUAUUUUCACCACGGGCUUUUGACAAAUAGCGAGCUAUUCCUGCUGGGUGAAUCCACCCAAAAAUGUUUGCCCUUUUUGCUCGUGGAACGUGGCUACGAUGUAUGGCUUGGUAACAAUCGUGGUAAUAAGUAUAGCAGAAAACACAUCAAUCUGUCGUCGAAAUCGUCUCAGUUUUGGGACUUUUCGCUCGACGAAUACGCUAUCUUUGACAUCCCAGAUACCCUGACGUACAUUUUGAAUAUCACUAGACAGCCCAAAUUGACUUAUAUCGGGUUUAGCCAGGGUUCUUCGCAAGCGUUCGCAGCGUUUUCCAUAAAUCCACAAUUGCGUGAAAAAAUCAAGUUGUUUAUUGGCCUGUCACCAGCAAUGAUUCCUAGAUCUCUGAGCCAUCCGGUUGCCAAGUUUCUGGUGAGAUGUCCACCUGAGCUACUAUAUGCCAUUUUCGGUACCCGAGCUAUUCUUCCCUCAACAGUCUUCUGGCAGCAGUUGUUGGGGCCCAUAAAUUACAUGAAAGUUGUGGAUUGGUCGCUGAUCUAUCUAUUUAACUGGAAAAGUAAUCAUAUUGGCACCACGCAAAAACAGGUGGGCUAUCCUCAUAUGUUCUCUCCCUCGAGCGUGAAAAGUGUUGCGCAUUGGUUCCAAAUCAUCAAUAGUGAACGGUUCCAAAUGUUUCAGGAAAACGUCUCCCAGCUAUACUCAUCCGUACCCUCUUUACACAGCAAGCUGCAUCGAUGUGCGCCGUUCCCAGUGCAAGUCAUCGAGAACAUGCCUAUGAUGCUGAUCUACGGCGAUCAAGAUAUUUUGAUAGAUAUGGACACCACUAAGCAAAACCUUAUGCGUAACUUGAACGAUCUCACGCUUGUCGAGUUACAAGGUUACGAGCACAUGGACACACUAUGGGCCAACAAUGUAGAGGAGCUGGUAUUCUACCCAUUGAUUAAAAAACUAGACGAGGUCCACAGAAACGAAAACUCUAGCGACACUGAUACUGAUACAAGCAGCAACUGA